UAUUUCUUUCUGGGCACCACAGAGUUCCUCCUUCUGGCUGUGAUGUCUUUUGACAGGUAUGUGGCUAUCUGUAACCCCUUACGUUAUGCCACCAUCAUGAACAAAAGGGUCUGUGUGCAGUUGGUCCUUUGUUCAUGGGUGACAGGAUUCCUUCUCAUCAUUGUUCCAAGUUUAAUCACAUUUCAGCAGCCAUUCUGUGGCCCUAAUAUCAUUAAUCAUUUCUUCUGUGACAACUUCCCACUCCUGGAACUCAUCUGUGCAGACACAAGUCUGAUAGAGAUUCUGGGCUUUAUUGUGGCCAACUUCAGCUUACUGGGAACUCUGUCUGUGACGGCCACCUGCUAUGGCCACAUCCUCCACACCAUCCUACGCAUCCCCUCAGCCAAGGAGCGACAGAAAGCCUUCUCAACCUGCUCCUCUCACAUCAUUGUUGUGUCUCUAUUCUAUGGCAGCUGUAUCUUCAUGUAUGUCCGAUCAGGUAAGGGCAGCCAGGGGGAGGACAGAAGCAAGGUGGUGGCCCUGCUCAACACUGUGGUGACUCCAAUGCUCAAUCCUUUCAUCUACACUCUGAGGAACAAACAGGUAAAGCAGGUGUUUAGGGAGCAGUUGAGCAAACUCCGCUCAUGA